UCCUCCCGUCCUGGAGGUUGUCAGUUUUGUGGGCAAGACUGUGGGCGCAGGCGCAGCACUGACAGCUGCUGUCUAUCUGCUCCGCAGACUGUGUUUAACAAUGGCCUGGAAAUCUGGAGGUGCCAGCCACGCAGAGCUUGUCAACAACCUCCGCAAAAAUGGGAUCAUCAAGUCGGACAAAGUUUACGAAGUCAUGUUGACGACAGACCGAGGACACUACUCCAGAUGUAACCCCUACAUGGAUUCUCCUCAGUCGAUAGGCUAUCAGGCCACCAUCAGCGCUCCACACAUGCAUGCCUAUGCGUUGGAGCUUCUGCAUGACCAGCUGCAUGAGGGCGCCAAGGCCCUGGACGUGGGCUCUGGGAGUGGGAUCCUUUCUGCGUGCUUUGCACGAAUGGUUGGACCCAAAGGAAAGGUGAUAGGAAUUGAUCACAUCAAGGAACUGGUAGACGAAUCUGUAAACAAUGUGAAGAAAGACGACGCUAGCUUGAUAACAUCGGGCAGAGUGAAGCUAAUAGUGGGAGAUGGGAGGAUGGGCCUGGAAGAGGAAGCGCCGUACGAUGCCAUCCACGUCGGCGCGGCUGCACCCAACGUGCCCCAAGCACUCCUGGACCAGCUGAAGCCGGGCGGGCGGCUCAUCUUGCCCGUGGGCCCAGCAGGGGGGAACCAGAUGCUGGAGCAGUACGACAAGCUGGAGGACGGAAGCACCAAGAUGAAGCCUCUGAUGGGGGUGAUUUACGUGCCUUUAACGGACAAAGACAAGCAGUGGUCCAGGUGGAAGUGAUUUCCUUCUCCCUCCUCCCUUCUCUGUCCUUCACACAGUGGCAAAGGGAUGAACUUUGAAGUGGGAGACUGUCAGUGUUCUAGAUUUAAUUGAGAACCAGGAGGGAGCAUUGGGUUCCAACAACCAUUGGAUUUUUUUUUCCUUCUCAAAACCAACCAGUGAUUAUUUUUCCUUUAACUCUAAUUUGGGAUUAGAGGAUCAUGCAGAGGAAAAACCUGGAGAUCUGGGGGGAAAAAAGACUGUUUUAGAUUGACCAUAGAAUUAUUAGUGAUUUCUUUUUUUUUUUGUGGGGGGGGGGGGUUGUUUUUUCCAGAUCUACCUUUUCGGAUUUUGAGUUAUCCUUUUGAUUAGCUGGAGGAUUUAAUUUUUCCAGAUUUUCUCGAGUGAGUUGCAAUCAACCAUUGCUAAAGUAAUGCAUUUCAGCUGAAUCAGGGCUGAGCUCCGGAAUGAAGAUGCUGUCACCAGAUAAAGCAGAGUCGAGUGUAGAGUCGAUACAUAUUUCACCUAGCUGCAGAGUAUGUCUGAAGAUCUAACUGUAGAUAGCUGUAUUGCUCUGCUGACAUAUAUAUAAGCUUUUCUUCCCGUUUGGCAGUAUUUAAACCAAGGCACGGCUGUACACAUCUCAAACACACAAUCCUGUUGGAUAGGCCACACAUAAUGACACUAUUGGUAUAGCAGAUAUACCACCUGGACUGGCUAGUUCGGUUGGACAACAUGGGAGCGAAUGCCACUGGGUGCUCUGCGACAAGAGUGGAGCAUGUAUAACAGACACACAUGCACCAAACAGGGCUAUGCUUUCCACUCUGUGUGUUGCUUUCUGCCUCUGGUUUCCAUGACGACAUCUUUUGCAGGUCCUUGAGAUGACUGGUAUAACAUGCAGCAGUCGCUGCUCUGCUGAAAUAAACUUCAAUGCAAAGCAAAAACGAA